AUGCAAUUCAAUAUUAAAGACUCCAAUCCUAUCGACUUCCUUGCUGCACUUGAAUCGAUCCUAAAAUCGUACAACAUCGCUCCUGAAGCACAACAAAAUGUCAGACACAGAAUCGUCCCGGCUCUCAGUCAUAAAGCUGAAACCAAAAUAUUCAACGCCGCUGAACGGAAUGCUCUGGAGAACCUCAAGAAAGACAAAAUCAUAGUUAUACUGCCGGCCGACAAAGAACGCCUUACUGUUGUAAUGGACAAAUCUGAUUACAUGACGAAGGCACAACACCUACUCAGUGAUACCAACACAUACCAGCCGAUAAAGGAAGACCCGACAAAACGCUUAGAAGGCAACAUCAGACGCGCUCUGCACAAACUGGAACAAAUGGGGAAAAUCACAAAAUCGGAACACAAGAGGAUGCGACCACAAGACUCAGUAAUACCGCGGUUCUAUGGCUUACCUAAAGUACAUAAAAGCGGAGUGCCGCUUCGCCCCAUCGUGUCGUUACAUGGAGUACCAAACUACAGGCUUGAAAAGGAGCUCUGGAGACGGCUAAAACACGUAAUCGCGGGAUCGGAACACUCGAUCAACUAG